UGCAUUAACUGUGGGUGCGCUCGAAACGGAAGACAGCUGCCUGCUACCUCCCUCCCUACAUAGAGAGCUGUCGCACUAGACAUGACUUGUCAGAUAUCUUAACAGACAGUUGGUUUCGAACUCUCUAUUUAGAUAGCGACAAUGUGUGGUGUCAUCACGUCAACGUUGUCAUGUGUGGUGUCAUCACGUCAACGUUACGUCUGUACCUAAACAUUUUAUACUCCGCUCGAAGAUCUUUGGGUCCCUACCUUCAGACGUCCCGUCAUUUUCCGACUGUCACCACCACUUUUUGUGUACCGGUACCGUCAGUAUGGAGACUACCGUGACUGCCUUGGUCCUUCACCAGCUAAUGGAGUUGGAAGAAGAGGAAACCCUCUGCAGACGAGCCCACCAGAGACGUCUCAAGAUGCUAGCUGCGUAUUGGCAUCUGGCGAAUAUCGAGAGUCUCACGGUUUAUGCCCAGAUGAACCGGGCCGUGCCUAUCCUCAGGCUCUUCUUUGACGAGGAGAAAGAAACCAGGCCAGACUUUAGGCUGAACAGGGCCUCCAUCACAGGUCUGCUGGUGUUGCUGCAGCAGGAGUGUCAUCAUGGAUGGGGUCCAGUGAUUGAAGUCCUGGUGUUCUUGUUUUGGUUGGCCAGCGGGUCAUACUAUCGUAUUGUAUCCCGGGCAUUCGAUAUGCCUAAGUCUACGGUGCACAAUGUUGUGCACCGUGUCUGUGGGGCUAUCGUGGCAGUGAUGCCACGGGUUAUCAGGGUGCCAUCCACUGCAGAGGAGCUACAGGAAGUAUCUAACGGCUUUGCUAGGUUGGCUGAGCAUGUGGUGUUCCGUAAGGCCAUGGGAGCCAUCGAUGGCUGCCAUAUCCGUAUCAAGGCCCCAGGAGAACCUCAUGCACAGUGCUACAGAAACCGCAAGCUAUUCACAUCCUAUCAGUUGCAGGCAGUUUGUGAUCAUGCCGGUCGCUUCAUUGAUGUUUUUAUUGGUUUCCCAGGUUCUGUCCAUGACGCCAGGGUCCUGAGGAACAGCCCUCUAUACCGCCGCGCCAUAUAUCCACCCCCGGGUACGUUCUUGUUGGGUGAUGGAGGCUACCCCUGUCUGGAGCAGCCCAUUGGUCUCCUCACACCAUACAAGAACCCUGUUAGGGGAGUGACAAGGCAGAGGUAUAAUAGGCAUCACUCCAGUGGUCGUUCGAUAAUAGAGCGGGUAUUUGGCAUGAUGAAGACUCGGUGGCGGGUCAUCUUCUUGCAUGCCUUGGAGGUGGAUGUCUCAUUUGACCCAGACGUCAUUGUUGCAUGCACAGUGCUGCACAACAUAUGUCUGCGCAAUGAUGAUGUCUUGCCAUUGGAUGACCUGGACCCUGACGAGCCUGGAUGUGAAGCUGAGACUGCCAGUGGGAUGGCCCUGCGAAACAGAAUAGCAGAGGAGUUGAACGUACACUAAUUUAUUUGUGUGGCUGUGUAGUCUUCUCCCUCUUGCAAUAAUUGCAGCUCAUGGUGUGCCGUGAAGGUUGGCCUUUACGGAUCCUUGGCACAUACCUUAUUACAUUAUAUUUGUAAUCACUGUUACUGAAAUCAGUUUACACUGUUUAAUAACCUGUUGUUCAUGUUGUUACAGGAACAUCGAAAGAAGCCUGGGUUACUUUCCAGUUAUAGUUAUUUGU